GGAGGACGAGUCAUACUGGCUUCUCACACAUCACAUCCCACACUGGAUAUACCGGACUCCACCUGUCGCGAGCGCUGUGGUUUUUGUGUCCGUGUUGUAAGCGCGCGCUGACACAGGACUGCACGAGAAAAACACAGGCGCGAGACGAGGCUGUGUUUUUUUUUUUUUUGAGCGAGUGUCGUAGUAGUAAACAAAACAUUAACAAAGACAGGUGAAAGGACCGCUUGUGCUCUCACCGCCUGCUCUGUGUGUUGCCUUGUUUUUGUUUUGUUUUGUUGUUUUUUUUUCCCGAGGACAACGGAGGAAACAACAACCAUAAUUCUGGUGGAUGGUUUUAUCCGCAGUGCCUCAGCCAACCAGCCAACCGGGGAGCAGAAUGUCAAGACAGCAGCAGCACCGGACGCCGUUAAAACUCACCGACAACGUGGUGGAGGUCAAGAGCAAAUUUGAGGCAGAAUACCGUCGCUUCGCUCUGAAGAGGAACGGCCCGGGGGGCUUCCAGGAGUUCUACCGUCUCCUCCAAACCAUCCAUCACAUCCCUGGUGUCGACGUGCUACUAGGAUAUGCCGAUGACCACGGAGACCUCCUUCCAAUUAACAAUGACGACAACUUCCACAAAGCUGUGUCGUUAGCCAAUCCGCUGCUCCGCAUUAUCAUAACCAAGAAAGAGGAUGAGCCUGUAGUUUUUGCCACCAACUCCCUUCAGAGGCGUAAAAAGGGUCUGGGUCUAACUGGACUCCGCACCACCGGAUCAAGUUCCACCCACUCAAAGAGCAGACCAGGCCUUAUGAUUGGCCUACCACAGAACUUCAGGCAGAUCUCUUCCAUCAUUGAUGUGGACAUCUUACCUGAGACACACCGACGUGUACGUCUCCACAAGCAUGGUACCCACAAACCACUGGGUUUCUACAUCCGUGAUGGGGUUAGCGUCCGGGUGACACCACAGGGUGUAGAGAAGGUUCCAGGGGUGUUCAUAUCCCGUCUGGUACGUGGCGGGCUCGCAGAGAGCACAGGGCUGCUGGGAGUUAAUGAUGAGAUCCUGGAGGUCAAUGGUAUCGAUGUAGCAGGAAAAUCUUUGGAUCAGGUGACGGACAUGAUGGUGGCCAACAGCCACAACCUCAUUGUGACAGUGAAACCGGCUAACCAGAGAAACAACGUGGUGCAUCGUGGGAGUAAAAUGUCAGUGGGCAACUCUGGUUCAGUGGGCUCAGCUGGAUCUACAGGCUCUGCUCUGUCACAUGACUCACCAAGCCCCGCCUCUCAGAGCAACCCCAUCACUGCAAGCAACAGCAUUGCUGAGGGUGACAGUGAUGAUGAAGAUGAUGAUGGCGACCUCAUUCUAGAGAACGACUGCCUGACGCCCUACGAAUCUCACCGGGUAGCCAACAGCAACAACACUAACCUCAACAGAGACUCACCUAGCAACAGGCUGCACAACUCCACUGUGGUUAGGCCCCUCACACAGAGCGUCUCGUUGCCCAAUAGCUUUGGAGCACCCCUGAGUGACAGCUCCAUGAUGAUGUCCAAUCACAACGGAAACCCCGCCCACACAGCCAGUAGCAGUCAAGAGAGUAUGAGAGAGGACGGCAACAUAAUAACACUGUAACCAUGACAACACUGAAAGCAACACUGUAACAGUGAGGACUAUGGAAUGUUAGAACCAUGGUAACCAACCACAGAGUGCUGUAACCAUGACAACUACAGACGACUGUGCUCCCGGAAACCAGAUAGCAGACUCAAAAGCACCUUUAUCUUUUAACUUGUCUUUUGGUUAAGGAUGAACCUGGAGUUUUUGACUUCCUUGACACGUUAUGACACUUACAGGACUGCAGAGAUACAGCUUCAUGUCCCAUGCUAGCCAGGGUGGAUCAUGGGCUUCCAUCAUCUAUGGGCAACGCUAACUUUUUACAUCUGCAAAAUAUGGUUGAGGUAAUGUAUAGAGCUGAAUUGUAAGGUUCUAGAAGCAAAAAUAUCAUUUACUGUCAAAGGAGGGGAAUUAUUUAAAUGCCAUAAUGUAUUAACUGAUCAGUGUCGACUUACUGAGAGCAAAUUGAUUGAGUAAUAAUGUAAAUGCUUCUGUAAAAGCCAUAAGUCAGUUUGAUGUCAAUGUAUGUAAGAAAUCAUCUUUGAUUCACAAAUUGCUUGUGAAACCUACAAAACCUAGAUGAAGUUAGACCAGUCAAAGACAUUAUUACCAACUUCAGGAAAGUUGACUUGUUGGAUACUACAACAGAUUAAUAGAACAAAUACCGUAAAAACAUGUCUGUGGCGGUGCAACAAGCAGCGCAAGCAGCGCUCUGACAGGCUGAUAGAUUCCUGUCUGUGUGGUGCACAGAUAGAAACAAUAAGGUGGGAGGUUAAAUCAGAUGAGGCAGUGCAAAGCCAGUUUUUUGGUAUUUUGGUGAAAACUGGGUCUUAGAUGUUGUGCUAGACCAAAAUAGACAUCUCAAACUUACAUCUGUUUCUGGGCCAAAGUCGUUCUUGUUGGUUUUAUCAUCAAGAACAAACUAAAACCUUGCUGGAAACAUGCAGCAAUAGUGGAAUAAUGCUUAAAAUGUAAAUAAACUAUUUUAAUCAAACACUCUUCAACCAGUAGAUGUGUUUAAAUUGACAUUCAAACAGUCAUACAGUAAAUCAGUCUGCAUUGAUCUAUAAAUGAAUUUGGGUGAUUCUUACAGUAUCUGUUGUCCACAGAUUGCAGUUCCAGUGCACAUCUCACUUCUCAGUUGUCAUUCUUCACUGACUCAGCUGUUUCAGAGCCAAGAGACCAGUGUUGCGAUUGGCUGAGAGUGUAUUUAUCAAUCACCACACCCUCUGAUCUAUAAUCCUCCUCAUCUUUGCACAUACAUGGUCUGUGUGCUCAAGAACUACUGCUUUGCACUGACCGUUGCACUUGCAACAUGAAAAUAAGGCCCUAAAGGAAGGAUAAAUCACAUAACACCAAAAUAUAUACACAGCAGAACAGAGAAAAGUGUUCAGAAACAGUUCAAAGUGACAAGAAAGGGAUUCAGUGAUAUUUGCAAUACUUAAUUAUUAUUUUUUGUAAUUAUUUAGAUUUUUCUCUCCUAAUCAGUUGUCAUACAGUUAUCAUGAUUCAUCUCAUUGGUUUGAUAAGAGGCUUAAAAUCUAUAUAGGGAUUUUCUGAAAUGUGUAUAAAUAACAUGACUGGGACAUUUGGUUCCAUAGUACACAUUACUGAAAAAAAGAUGACCAGCUCUACUAUAUUGUUAGACCAAGACCUACCUUUUUACAAUCUGGCAUUGUAAAUAUGGAAACACGAUUGCUGUGAAUCACAUAUAUCAAUAUUAUAAUUUUUAAAUAAUUUCAGCAACAGUUACUCAGGAAAAAAGGAUGAGAAGCAGAUGGAAAGGUGUGUUAAAUGGGCGAUGCAGAUACACAGUGAUUAUCUUUGAAGAUUUUCUCACAAAAUUUAAGAGUCUGAGAAUCAGAGUCAUCAGCUCCCCUGCGCUUCUCAGCUAAGCAAACUAUUCACAUGCACAUGUAACAGUGGACUAAGCAGAAGUUUCUGUUUUGGGCGGGCCAAUACAAAAGUGGGUGGGCCAUCUUUUUUCAGAAAAACUGACUUAUUAAAAGAAGAGGAAAAAAGAACAAACAUAGACAAACUGAAAAAUGAGCAACCAGUUUACUUUGCAACAUUCUGCAUCACAAAGGCAAUAACAGCGAAACACUGCCUAUCCAACAUCCAGUCUGUAAAGGCUGUACACAGCAGUAAAGACAAAAAGCGGCAAAGUGGCAACUCAACGUAAACCCAAAUAGCAAAGGUGUUAACUAAGACAGCAGUUGCACAUGUAACAUUUCCCUUGUGCAUUCAUUAUUGCCUACAGCCAUUGUUGCCUCAGUACUGGUCAGCUCAUGAAAAACCAAGUAGGCACGUCAACAGUGACAACAAUGGCGGAAAGUUUUGAAGACAAGUUAAGAGACCAAGUUCUCCAAGUGUAGCCAUGUUUAUUUUUUACAUCACGCUUCUCCCUCUUCUUCUUUGCGUUUUUUGGCGGAUUUUACAUCAUGUAAAUCCAGAAGUUCUAUUUAUAUCCUUAGUUCUCUGGUGUGCCCUCUAGUGGAAUCUUCCAGGAACAUGCAACAUACAUAGGCAAGUAUGUGAACAAUAACCUUACGACACAGCUGGUCGUCGACACUAAUGCGUGGUUAAAAAGUAACUGUAUCUCCAGCCUUACACCCAGGGUCUGUUUUUGCUGGACCAGCUCACACACGACAGAAAAAAAGUAUUACAGCAACACAAAUGGGCCUAUAGACCGCCAGCCACCUGGGGGCUGCAGUUCCCCCAGCACCCCUACUUCCCGUGGCUAUGGGUGAACCCGCAUCAGGCUGACCGGGAGAAAGUGCCGUACCGCCAGGGAGAGAGUGUCCAGGCUGACCUCGCUGUGGGCUGAUGAGUCUGGUGGACUCAGUCGAUGGAGGUGGUGGCGCUUCUUCUUCCUCAACUUUUUUCAAAUAACACAUUAGAACUUUGUUUAGCUAUUGUUGUAGCAUUAACAUUACAUCGCCUUAAAAGCCAGCUAGCUGGCUGAAGGCAGCUCAGGAAGGUCAGCGUGUCAGAACCAGAGCAACCAAUUACAUUCCAGAGACUUCCUACGACUUAUCUCAACAGUUUAAUCAGAGGACAAAUUCAACACACAAGUCAAGUCAACAAUAAAUCCAGUUAAUAUUUAUUUAUUUCCAUAUAUAUAUGUUUUAUAUUUAUUGUUACAAAACAUAUUUUGAUCAAAGUUGGCUGGGUGGGCCAGUGAGUAAUGUGGGUGGACCAGUGUCACCCAGGCCCAUUACUGGCUACACACCUGACAUGUACACAAACACACUGAACCAGUGGGGAGUGGGGGUCAAAAUAAGGAAAUUCCUGUCAUGUCAAACAGUCUGAGAGCAGUGCAGUAUGGGACACAGAGUGCUCUUUUACUCUUAUCUGGGUCACAUAAACCUGUGCGUGAGAGUGUGUGUGAGGCCAUGUCUUUGUUGUUGGAGCACUGGGGAUAUUGCCUUACAGUCAUAAAUGUUGGCUGGCUCAGUCACACACUGCACUCUUUCUUUACUGUCCUCUGUCUCACAUUCAGCUUUCAAUCACAUCAAAAUAAUUAACAACAAUCAAACAAUCCAGUAUUCUUUCUCAAAAUCUUGGCCUGACUGUCAAGCAUAAUCAUAGUGUCAGUACUGUUGACAAAAUAUUAGCUUACAAUACAUGCAUUCACAGAGAUACUGAGAUGGGAACCAUGCUUCUUCAUUUAAAGUCAUAAUAUUAUACAAUGUACAAUAGAGGUUGUACAAAUGGUUAUAAUGGUCAUAACCACAUAAUUGUGCUCAACCACAGUUAUUUGUUACAGCAUAUUAGUACAUUUUUCAUUCAUGUAUCAGACAACAUAACCAGUCAUAAUACCCUAAUAGAAAUGUUAUACAGAGCUCCAAAGUCUGCCAGUGUUCAGUGCCAUGUUGGUCUAAUUCUGCUCAUAACAGCCCUGGGGAAGGUUGAGGAAAAUCCUGUUUAUGUUAGCUUGACCUUGAGUGAAGACAUAGAAGCCAUUUAAUACACUGAAAGAAGUGUGACUUUAUUAAAAUAAAGUAAAUAGUUAUCAUUUUAAAGUAGCAUUUUAACUUUUAAGUGCAUACUAAUUCACCAGUGAUUCAAAUAGGUCUGGUGUCGUGCUCACUGAUGGUUGUUUCCUCUAGUUUGAGAAACAAUCAAUUAAUCAGAUCUUUGUAGGUAAGAUUAAGAGUGAAAUCGGCUUACUGUCUAGCUACAGCCAUGAGGAGUACAGACAAAAAGAUGGCUGCAAAAAUGAUGAGAUGUUGUACAGGUUGUUGUAGGUCAAAAAAUAAUAACUCAUAAAUCAACUUAUUUCUUUGAUCAUUUUGAAAAACUGCUACCACAGCAUCUGCGUGGAAUGAAAAUGACGAUAAAUCAGUGAAUAGUGAUUGAUUAAAGCAAAACAAAGAUUGUCUCCUUUCAAACAGAAAUGAGCUGAACAUGAACAUGAUGUUAGGCUGACAGACUUACUCAUUGGAUUAAGUAAAAUCUGUGAUGAACAGUCCUCAUAGGAGAAAAGACAAAUAACUAAUUUGUGUUACAGCUUGAGCUUUCCUAGAAGGCAGAGCAGCCACUGAGGCAGAAAUUACUUACUAUGGACUAGCUAACAUAAACUCUUAGUGGAAAAAUAGCCUACAUAUAAUUAAAAAGUUAAAAAUGGACAUUUCUACAGUAUGGUUCCCUUUUAUUGGUUUAUUUCACAAGUAUUAGUUACGUAUUUACAUUACAUAGUUAGUAUGGAGUCUGAAUAUUAGCUACUACAGUAUAUUAUUAAAAUGUAAUUAGGUCAAAGUCACAAAUGUUAAGACUUUGCAUUCUGCAGUUGUUUAAAUGUUGUGGGGAAAUAUUAACAGCAUUUACUGUGGAGAUCACACCAUUCUCACUGAAGGACAUCCAACUAUAGAGACUUUAAAAGAUCACUGUAUAUAAUAUAGACAGUACUUGUUCCUAAUGGUAAAUGCCCUCAGACUUUUCUUCUCUCUCAUCCUUUUUCCAAAAGGCUUCAUUAAAAUGUUUGGUAAUGAGAAAAACUGGCCUUUGAGGUGUAAGGUGUAACUUUACGGUUAAUUUGAGCCGCUGUGUCCCGGAUGUUUGGGGACGUUACAGAGGUUAGGGAUAGGACAGUUUAAUGCUGUCUAUCAAAAUGCUACUGGCAAACAGCUAAAUACAUUUAAUUAAGUCCACUGUUGCUGUUCGGCAGCCAGAAAAGAUGAAGAUGUGCUCCUGACCUGAUUAUAUGUUGUCAACGUUUUGAUGUCAACAACUGCUUUAUGCACACACACACACACCCAAAACAUACACUUUUCUUUUUAAUAUAUCUUCAUGUGAAAAUAUAAAUGUAAGAUUAUGAAACAAGGGAGAUUUUCAUUACCUGGGAGAAGUUUUUAUGUAAGAGAACAUUUUAUAUGUGUAAAAUAUGGAGAGUAUUUUUCUUAUUCUUGUACUUUGAAAUUGUAUAUGAGACAGGGGAGCUGAUACAAGCAGUUUGUGUGUGCAAGAUUGCUGAAUGUGUUCACAUGCACACAGUGUUUGGUUUAUGUUCAGAACAUUAAUGAUAAAUGAAGGAGGUCUUUUUCAGAAAUUUCCAUUUCCAGAUUUAGGUAAAACAUCAAUUCUGCUUUAAUUUGUAAUGUAUGCAUGUCAAUAGAUGCUGUGGAAAUACUGAAAUACUCACUAAAAAUGAACAUUGGACAUUGGUGUGCAUGUCAACGCAGUCAAUUAAAGUAUCAUGUUAGGUGCUAAUCAUGGCUUAUAAACAACAUUUAUCCUUGCUUUUAUAUAAUUAUCUUUGUGUGUCCCUACCAACAUAAAUAGGGGUUUAAAUAUAAUAAGGCAAACACCAAUCUAUUGUAAUGGUCAUAUUAAAGUGGCAAUCUCAAAGAUGUCCAAAGAUUUUCAUUUAAAUAAAUGUCUGUUAAGUCCCUAUCUUUCGCUGAAUAAGGUAACACAAUGGUGAUUGGGCCUAUGGCCCACUGAUGACAGCCCUUGCAUUUGCAGUAUUAUCAAAGAGUAUGAUUAUUAGGAACUGGGUGUCAGCGGUGACUUUCCCACAAUGCAUUCAAAUCAGCUGACGCAACAGACUCGCACUUCAUUCGUUUGUGUGUGAAGCGGCUUAUCUUUGUAAAAGCUUACUCUUUUUACUGGUGAAGUUUUAUUGCACAUACAGUAAGUGUCUCUCCUAUGUUGUACUGUGUGUGCAUCACACACAGAGAAGGCUGAGUCCUGCCCCUCGCUGCUCCUCAGAGCAGAGGAGAGGAGACAAAGUAACACGGUCAUAAAUGACAGCAAAAACACAGAGUCUCACACUGA